AUUAAAAAUCCUUAUCUAACAUUUUUAUUGAUUUUCACUUGUAAUAUAUUAUUUAAAAAAUUGAUAAUUUUUUUAUGUCGUUUAAAAUAUAGGAUAAACUAAUUUUAGGUUUUAAUGAUUUUUGUGUUUUUCGCGGCAGUUUUACUGUUUGAAAAAAAUGUUUAAACUUAGCCAAUCAGCGUACAUCAUUACUUUGCAAUGUCAAAUUUUCUUUCGAUUUGUGUAUAGGUUAUACAAUAAUUUUCGAAUUCGAAAAAAGUGUGUAUGUAGUAUUUCACAAUGAGUACCGGAACGCUUAGUUCAAGAGCAGAAAAGUAUUUUUAUAGUUUAAGUCCUUUGGCUCAACGUAUUGGCGAAGAUAUAACCGUGACAAAAGAAGCUUAUGAGGGUCUUUGGAAUACUUUAAGCAUAUCAGAACGGAAUCAGGCCAUUAAUGAAACUAUAAUUCAACCAGAGGUGGCUUUACAAUAUGCAGUUAAAGAAGUUGAACUUACUAAAGAAUUACCCGAUUGGUACCCGAAACUUCGUAUUCAGACUGGCAUGAAAUAUGUUAUCGAUGAAACAGGAUCUACACUAAAAUGGCGAGACGAACAUUCUGCACCAUUUUCAUUUAUGACUCAAUCUCAAAUGAAUUUAAAUUUAGUAGAUUCCAAUGAAGAUUUUACAUCCAAAUGUCUGAGAUCUCAUUUUGGAGAAUCUCCACAUUUUUCAAGUCCAAUUAAAACUCAGAGGAAUAAUUCUAAUUCCAUUACCGAUAAUUAUAAUUCUAAUCAAACUAAUCGUUAUCAAUCGGAAUGUUAUUCCAAAAGUUUAUUUGAAGAUGAACCGUGUGGAAAUUUACGUAAUAGUGACAUAGAUACUGAACAUUCUGAGAGUAUAUUUGCAAAAUUAAUUAAUAAAACUUCCUUAUUGAAAUUGCAAAAUAAUUUGGAGGACGAUAUGGAAAGUUUGGUACAUGAUAGAGAUUCGGAUAAAAGUCAAUCUAAUACACUUGUAGCUAUUUCACGAACAAAGUCAAGUGACAUUAAUGAAUCAACAGCUCUCUUAGAGACACCUAGCUCCUAUAGUAGUUUUCAAUCUUCUCAGUUAAAUCACGAAGAAGAAGAAAGAUGUAUACCAAAGACUGGAUUUGAAUUUUUAGAUAAUUGGUAAAUAUACUUUGAUCAUUUUUAUCCUUCUAACAAGUUCAAAUUCAAAGUAUUCCUAUAAUUAUUUAACGUAAGACUGCUUCAUAUAUAUUUCAGUAUAUAUGUAAUUUAGUAUUAAUGAUGAAUACUCCGUAACUUUUUUCUCCAUAGACCAUAUAUUACAAAUCAUAAAAAUAAUCGUACUAUAGACUGUAAUUGAUAAAUUAUAUUAUUAUCACCUAUACAUAUCGCUUAUCGUUAGUAUUGUGUGUAUUCAAUGCAUAUAGAUAUAUACAUAUAUACAAUGCAAUGAUAUUUCAUUGCUGAGUGUUAUAAAAUAUGAUAUAAGAUUAUCUUCAUUAAUUUAAUAAUAUAUCUUCAGCUUUCAUUUUAUUUGCUCAUGGAUCUCAAUAUGUUCAUUCUAUGAAUAUUUUUGAAUGUGCUAUUAUAUAUAUAUAAUUUUAUAUAUAAUUAAAUAAUACUGCCAAAUAGUAUUAAGAAUUAAGUAGAAAAAAAUCCGUUAUAUAACAUUUUGAUAAAUAAUAUUUUUAUCUGUUAACUUGUUUUGAGAACUUAUCUUUUUUUUUGUAUCUUUCUAAUGUAUUUUUUUUCUUUUUUUUUUUUUAAUUUUUUAUAACAAAAAUUAUAUUAAAAAAUUGUUCUGUAAUUUAAAUGUAAAAUAACAUAUAUAGAGGCUAUAUAAUUUACUUAGAUUUUAUUUAAAUCAUUUGUGAGAAAUGAUGAUUAAUAUUAUAUAUUAUUAUAAUUGGAAGCAUUUUUUGUUAUAUCUGAAAAGUACAAUAAAUAAUAAUAAUCUUUUGAAGGUUGCUUUAUUAAGGAUAGUAUUUAAAGUAAUUAUAUAUCUUAAGAAUAUAUAUGUAUUAAAUAUUACAUUUGUUGGCUAACAUUUAUUUAUUAACAAG